UCAGCAAAGAACACAGAAAGCCAAAGAAGCAUGACACUGGCUUGCUUAUCCUGCAGUUCCAUUUCCACGGCUGGAGCUGUAUUUCUUCCCUUAGCUUCUCUAGUAGAUAAACCCUCUCCUCAAGAAACUCAUACAAACUCGAAACCGAAAACAGCAAGCCGACCGAGAAGGAGGAGACAACGUUUGCGUCAACAGAAGCCAAACCCUCCUCCUUCUAUUGUCCAGAUUGAACGUGCCAUUGGUGCCGGCUUCUUCCGUGACGCUGACUCCGGUGAGUUGGAGGGGGAAAGGAGGAAGACGAUAUUUGAUGGGCUGUUGCCUGUUGGUGGUGGUAAAUUUGAAGGAGAAAUCGAGAAGUAGCUACGCGAGACUGGGGAGUGUAUCGGUUCCACAACAGAAGCAACCUUCCGUUCCUCCGGUAUUUGAUCAUUGUUGUCUCUAAUUCGUUUCUAUUUCUUUCAAAUC